UUUAAGAUGUGAAACACCACAAGAUCAAAUGGCAAGUGUCCCGACCUUGCCAUGCCCAAUUGACGCCCCUGAUCCGUCCACCAAACCACCAGAUGACAAGUCUCCACAGUCUUUACGCACGGAGAGCGCACGGAGAGUUUGCAAGCACGCAUGGGGAUCCCUCCCUUCCAGGCUGUCCGUGGCCUCCUCGCCCGGGCGGGCUGUUCCAAGACUCAGCCAAACCCUCUUGAUCCCCCAUUUCCCUCUCUCUACCUUUCCUCUGAAGAAACAACCCGGCGUUACGUCAGAAAGUGCAGGGCAAGCAAGUCAGCGUCUUAGGAGCUAUUCGUAGGCAUUGCUGCCAAACCCGGCUUGGGGCUGCUCACGAGCUCACUGCAGCCAAUGCAAUUUACAAAUGCAACUCUUUUAAAACAGCAGGAGUAUGUGGUCUCUGUUGCUGGCACAAUUGCGCAAAAAAACAACAUCAACAGUGUAAACGGUGCAAAGAUAAAGAGUAGGCUGGUUUACCCUGUAGCCUCACUGGAAACACCAUGACAUGAUGAAGCAGCAGAGCUUUUUGACGCACAGAGAUUUCUGCAGCAUUUUUUGUGUUUGAUUCUUUGCUGAUCUCAAAGACAACAUGCCCCACGCUCGAAAUAGGAACCCCAGCCCCAUCCCAGAGGUAACAUGGGACACGGGGCUGAAAGAGAUGAACGAGACCUGGAAAGGAGCUAUAGCCUGUCUCGGAGUGGCCGUCUUCUUUGUCAUGACCAUCGGGAUCAUAUAUUGGCAAGUGGUGGACCAGCCUAACAAGAACUGGAUCCUCAGGGGGACUUUUAGCGGACUGAUCUGGGAGAGAAGAACCCACUCGCUGGUCAUACAGACCCUGACGGAGGACAAGACCUAUGUGGAGAUAGACGUCGGGAACGUGGGGAACCCCGACAUCGAGGUUCCCUUCGUGAGGAACCUGUGCUGGUUGAAUAAAACGGAGUUCUGCUAUACGUGGGACUCGGUGGCCGAGGUGAAGAUCUCGCUGGAGGUGAAUGAGGAGACGGAGACGGAGUGCUACAGUAUGACUUGGGCGCCGGUGCACUGUCAUGUGGAGCUGAAGGACUGCUUCUCCAUGACCAACGUGUCCUGGUACGGUGGCGCCAGCGUCCGGGGUCAGACCUGGCCGAUCAACGACCAGAACGCCACCACACAGCCCUUCAUCGUGAGCGAUCUUAAGGACAAUCCCUCAGGCUUCGGCUCUGCCCUGGAACGUUACUUCCUGGGCUCAUCAGGUGUGGCAGUGCUUGUAUCUCCUGAUAUUCCCCUGCAGCUUGGGGUGGACAGCAGGCAGCAAUUCUGCCUACAGUCGCUGCCCAGUAUGGAGCGUCUCCCUCUGCAGUACACCGUGUGUGUGGCCCACAACGUGAGAGCUGCUCACCAGGAAGCAGUGCAGCAACUCUCCCAGCACAGCAGGGAGCUGCCCAACAUGAACACACUGUGGCUGCCAUUCUGGAAGCUGCUCGCCAACAUGGAUUCAGGGCCGAAGGUGGAGAGGGAGCUGAGGACCUUCUCUAAUCGUCUGAGGAGACACCAGCUAGGGGAGGGAGUCAUCAGCCUCAAUGAACAUUCCACCACCCUCCUCUCCGAAAUGGACCAUGACUACCUCAACAGCAGGAAAAGGGGGAUGUCCAAGAGACUGACCAGGGACCUCCCACUUGUCAAGCUUCUUAACAUUUCCAUCACCUUGUCCCCUUUCCUGGGCGUGGACACCACGCAGUUCCACACCUCCCUCGUGGAUGGCACUGAGGCCUACUGGCUCAGUCUCCCCUCAGCCCCUCAGGGACAGCUGAUCCCUGUGAUGAGUCAGUGGCGAGGAAAGUUCUGCGUUAAGCUGAACAUUACCAACCCAGGAGCGGUGAGCUGGUUCCUGGACAGGGUGGGAUCCCUGCAGGCCCAUUUGGGGAUGGAGUACGUCAUGCUGGAGGGGGGCGAAGGGAAUCUGUUUGAGGAGCAAGCCCUGCGGCCACCGCAGGCUCUCAGUGGAGACAAGUACAUCAGCCUGCUGGCCGACCUGGCCACAAGGAUAGGAGACUCCACCAUUGUGACAGCAGGGACACGGUCGAACCACAAACCUCUGUUUGUGAAGAUGACCCCCUUGCAGUCCGACUGGAGCCCAAUGGGCCUGAAGGGCAUCAUUCCCUCCCUGCUGCACCACACUCUGCUGGGAUACAACUUCCUCAUUCCUGAUGCAGUAGGUGGCUCUCUGUCUGGAGACCUGGUCACAGAUGAGGAGUUGUUCAUCCGUUGGCUGGAGAUCACAGCCUUUCUCCCUGUUAUCAGCUUCCAUACGCCACCCUGGGUCUGUGGAGAGGACCGGGUGCUAAACCUAACACGGGCCUACAUAGCAAAGCACCAGAGGGAUGUGAUCCCACUGAUAGAGAAGUAUGCAGAGGAGUGGCAGAUGACAGGAAACCCCAUCUACCGGCCGAUGUGGUGGCUCAGUCCCAGCGACCCCAUGACUUUCACCAUCGAUGACCAGUUCCUCAUCGGAGACGAGGUCCUGGUGGCACCAGUGGUGGAGAGGGGGGCAGUGCAGAGGGAUAUUUACUUACCUGAUGGGGGCUUCCAGUGGCAGGACAGCCAGAACGCUCAGGUGUUCGACGGGGGGACGUUCCUACAGGACUAUCCUGUGCCCUUGGAGGAGGUGGCUGUUUUCUUACGGAGAAGCUGAGUCACAUGACCGAUCCGUCGAGUCAUCUGACUUAUCCUGUUACUGUUUUGAAUCAAAUAAUUAUUAUUAUUAUUAUUUUUUUAAUUACUCGUGCUGUUCUCAACUUGCACUUUUCCACUACAGACCAUUGACCCUGUCUCAAGGCUUGAGACGAUAUGUAGAAAGAUUUUUUUUAUACUUGCACUUUACAGUACAAAAUGAUUUUUUUUUCUCUUUGUGACAGUUUUUUUCUUCCUUUUUUAAAAUGUUAAUCGGUUUUACCUCUUGGCUGAUUUGUUUCCGGACUGUUUUGAUUUGUUCUGCCUUUUUUUUUUCUCUUUUUUUUUGUAUGUAAGUCCUGGAGAAAUCUGUGCGUUUACAUACUGCAUUUCUACAGUCUUUAAAUUUUUAGUCGCUGCUGGCUCUCUUGAUAAGGAGGAACAAAGCAAGCCCAUUGUUUUGCUUGAAUCUCUCAAGAAGACCAAAUGAAGAUAUCGAAGGACGAAGGAAAAAAACAGGCUUAUUGGGAGGAAAUUAGCUCACAGAAAGCUUCGUACUGAGACCGACGCACCAUGGUACCAUAUGUCUUGCUCACUCAUCGGAGAGGCUUUUACUUGAACUUUUCAGGCCGACGGGCUGAUAUUUUAUGAAUGUACCUCAAGUUAUGGUUUUUGACUGCUUUACAGAGUCAUCAGACACAACAGCCUAUCACCCCUUAUACUUAGCACUUAUUCUUAGAGUAGUUUCACUUAAUUUAUCAACAUACCACUCCGUUGGACAUGUCUGAAUGUCCCUUAGUACUGUAGGCCAGAUGAACUUGAGGCCAAGCCACUGUAAUUGUAACUCUGGCUAUAUUUGAAUUUAGAUUAGAUGUAACCUUCUUACUAACCUGCUGUAGUAAGGGCUUUUAGAAGGGCUGCUCAUUUUUUAUUAAGUCUGUCUGAUGUUGUGUUGAUAUUCUCUUUCAUGAGUGUCUGAGGAAAGCCUUGUUGACGACACCACAUAGGUUGAAAUUACGUUUUUAACAGAUAGUUUGACAUGCUGGGAAAUACUCUUAUUCUCUUUAUUGCAGGGAGUUAGAUUAGAAGGUCGAUACUGCUGUCACGCCUGUAGGGUAAAUAAUAACCUACUGCAGGCAGACUGCAUGUGCUGGCUCCAAAUAGAGUGCUGCAGGAAUGAAUUCUAAAACCUGGAAAUGAGUUAGUAUUUUUGCAACCAUGGUUCCCUCGUCUUGAAGUCAACAGUUUUUUUUGGUUAGGUGCCUGAAAUAAGAUCUGUGGUUAAAACAAGCUUCAGAGACUUUCACGUUUUGUUCGCCGAUAUAAAAUACAUCAAUAUAUUCCCCACUUGGUAAUUUCUAAGCUUUUAGAUAUCUUAAAAAAGCCGAUCGCUAAAAAGUGGCUAAAUGAGACUUUAGAACGCCAUCACGCCGAAAACGCCUUUACAGCCACGCUGUGGUGGCAACAUUAAGUCAUCUGGCUGUAAUGUGGUUUGUUUAUAGCCUAACGUUAGCUUUUUACUUCUAGCAAUUGCAUUUUGCUUAAAAAAUCAUGAAAGUGGUGUUAGUUUGUGAAGACUCUUGUGCUGAAUGUAACAUAAGUAUCAUAAAAUUUGUUUGCAGCAGAGCUUAUUUUCAGCAAUAAUUCAAAAUCCAGUAGAAAAAUCCCACAGGCUUUUUUGUCGAGGGAACCAGGACGAAGCUAACUUCCAUGUCAACCUUAAAAAAAAACAAAAAACUCAUCCCUGCACCACUCUAUGGGGUUGUGUUUACCGUGUUCACGAGAGGAGUUCGUAUGAACACCAGAAAUUUUCUAGAAGCUCUGAAUUUACGAGUUGUAAUGUGAUUGCUGAUGUUUUCAGAGAUGGGGGAGGCCAUGGAAGUUCAUUUUUUGGUGGGUGGUUAGUUUAGGUUUAGGUUUAGGUUAAUAUAUUGGGAUUUUAGAAGUUAUUCUUGGUAAUUUUAUACUUUGCAUGAGGAAAAUGUUGAUAUUCCCAACAGCCUCCUCUUUGUCCUCUAUUGUUAUGCCUCUGCAUUACGUUACCCGUUCGCUAGCGUACUAAAUUGUUAGCCUGGUUGGCUUCUAGAUGCUGUUGCCUUGCAGCAGUGGCUUCACGACUUAAACCACUUGAACGCCAAUCAUAUUGUUUACAGAACUUCCCCUGAGGUAACCACAAGCUUGCACUUUCCAUUUAAAGGCAGCAAUAGGACUGGAAACGUGGGGAAAUAGCUCGCCUGGUCCACGGCUAACGAAAUCUGACUACCAGCACCUCUAAAGCUCACUAAUAAACAGUUUAUAUCUUGUUUAUUUAAUCCAUUCAAAAGCCAAAAUGUAAAAAUGAUGAAUUAUGGUUUAUGAGAGGUUAUGUGCUGGACUAUUUCUUGAACAGAAGCAGCGACUUCCUCCAGUUUCCAGUUUUCAUGCUAAGCUAACGGUCUCCUGGCUGGAGACGUCCUAUUUAUGAUACAGAUACAAGAGUGGUAUCAAACCUUCUCAUUUACGUCUCAGCAAGAAAGCAAAUAAGUGCAUUUCCCAAAAUGUCAAACUUCCUCUAAUAAGACGGCAAGGGGGAAAGAGCUCUUUAGACCCCAAAAUACAUAAAUAGGAUGCUCUCAUAGGUCAGACAUCUUUUUAUUGCAACCAUCUUGGAUUGAUUUUUAAAAAGUCACAGAGAUGCAGUGGCCAUUUGACAUAAACCCUGAUGAGUAUCUCAUUCUUUGGACUGUCAUUGUAAUCACAUCCAUUUCCAUCGCUUGCUUUAGCUCAGUAGGAUUACUUAUGUCAGAUCAUUUUGUAUUUGGUUUCAACCCUGACUAAAUGCUUUCAGCAAAUGAUAUGUGAAUGAGAUAACUGAUUCUCUUCAUGGAGAAAUGUAAUCACCUUUGCCCCAUGAUGCAUUGCUCUAUGUACAGUUUAUUAGUUAGUUGUCUUUAUUGAUUUGUUCUUCACGAGACGAUCUUAACUGGCCGGCAGUGAUGAUACAGACUCUGAAACCUUAGUGAAUGCUUUACCACUAAAUUGAUUGUGUCACUUUGAUCCAACACGUUUACUGUAUCAACUCCAACACUCAGGUCUACUGAAGCUUAUCAAAUCACCAAAUGUCUUAGUGCAACGCAGUAUGUUGUGAACACAUCAACGUCUUAAUCUCUCCCAGAGCUGAAUGUACAAUGGACAAACUGUGAUUUCCCAACCGAGCCCUUCGUGCGGGGAGCUUUUCUGGUUCCCCAUUCUAAUACUUUUAUGGAAUGCUGUGGUAUGUUCACGUAUAAGUUGCAGGAAAAGCUUUGAUGUGUUAUUCCUUCCCUCUACAGACUGAGCGAAUCAUGUGCCUUAAUAUGCCACUCUUAAAUCUGGACGACACGAGUGUCUGGAUUAUUGCAGUAUCAGCAAUGUACAUAUUACGAUGACUGUGCCAUUACAAGUGUUUUUCUCUUCUGUAAAUCAGAGAACUUAGAAUGACAAAGUUGCAAUAAAGUUUACAUUUUUCUUACUUCA